AUGAACGGGAGUGAGCAAGACGGUGGGGGGGCUGUGAAUGGUGGGACGGGAUCGAGGGGACUACAGGGUCAGGACCCGUAUCACCCGAAGGAAGAGGAAGAGGAAGAGCGUGGAUCACCCGAAACUAACCGACCAGAAGCCCAGCCUCCAGUUCACGCCGUUCCUCCUGCUCCAACGCCCCUCCUGGUGAACGUCGGAUCCGACGGACGCAAUCCCAACGAGACAAGCUCCCACAAAGAGGCGACGAGUGCUACAUCGAAGGUGCCUGGCGAAGACAAAACAAGUACCGCUCCAAGCAGAGCCCCGGAAAACCUGCGGGAUCCCUCUGGUGCAGACGAAAAGAACCAAACCGCCCCACCUCUUGAUGGUUCUCCAGUCAAUGGGCAACACACACGAUUGAGGAGGCUCUCUGAGGCCAACGAAACAGUACAUCAAUACCUGACACUUGUCGUGCACUCUGGUGGAUGGAGCGUUUCGAAAGGAAUGGCGACAGUCUCAGCUUCUCUCCUUGCCGUUGCCGCCGCUGUAGUGUUGGCAUUCUAG